AAAAUGUAAAAUAGUAAAAAGUAACAAUAUUACUUCUAUUUUCACUUGAUUCUGUUUUAUAAUUUAUGGGCAAGCAUAAUAUUGAAUUAUUUUUUCAAGCAUUUGAAAUCCUUUUGACGAACCUGUUGGAAAUAAAGCAACAAAACAAGAAAAUUUUAAAUUUAUUGGAUCAAAAAGAGAGCUUAGCAAAAUCAGUAAUACCGGAUGAUCUUCCAGUUACAUUUCCUCUAAAGAAUUUGGAUGAUCUUGUUUCUUUUGAAGGUUACCUAACAUCAAAAUCUGAAGGUGCACAUGCCAUUGUAAAACAUUGGUCUGGUUUUGGUGGUAAGGAUGUAUCCUCCAAAACAAGUAGAAUUUUAAAAGAAGUACUAAGUGACGGAUUAGCCAAGGAUUAUAAUUUUUAUGGUCGUCAUACAAAGAAGGCAUUUUCAGAAUUAAAACUUAAUUCGGAAAUUAUACGAGCUGUUAAAUUAACCUGUAAUGGGUGUUCUACGAGAGAGAUAGAAGACGUCAUUAAGACAUGGUUAAAGCAUGCCCCUGAACGACUAAAGAAAAAGAAGCAAAACAAUAAUAAUGAUUAAAUGUAAGUUUCUUAUGUUCGUGGACCAUUGACUUUUUAAAGAGGUCCCUAUUUAUUUUACUUUGUUUUUUGAGCUCUUUGAACUUGAUAUUUUUCAUAUUUUACUUCAUGUUUGAGUUGAUUUGCUAAAGAGAUUUUUAUUUAUUUUAGUUUGAGUUGAUUUGCUAAAGAGAUUUUUAUUUAUUUUACUAUGUCUAGAAAUUUUUAUAAAAAAGUAGUUGGCAAUCGCCAAAUGUACAGGAGAGUUGCUCAAGAAGUUCAAAUUACAUUAAAAGAUUUGGACAACCAAUAUCCUGAAAAUAAUACAUUUUGCACUAGUCAUAAACACAAUGAGAAUGUUUCACAAAGUGUAUCUCCUAAUAAAGAAGUUAAUUCAACAUU